GUCUUCCUGAAUUUAUUUUAUUGACAGGUCGGCGACAGUGACAUUUUGAAGUAGUAGACGUAGAGAUGGGUCAAAGUUCGAUACUUUUGAUGACGCUUGUGACUAACAGUCUAGUUCUAUAUUAGUUCAGUUGUUGAUUUAUAGGUGCUGUGUUCUGUGACAAUUGACAUCUGUCAGCGUUUCUUAGCUUCUUGUUCUAUGGCCUCUUGACAAGUGUGUGUCAGUCAGACUAUUCACUGAUGUCAAACUCAGAUCUACUUUUUAUGUUGUUAUAAACAUUGAUAAACAUGUGGUUUUUUAAAGAUCACCAAUUAUGUAAUGAAAAGUCUAGGUAUUAAGUAGGUGGGGAAUAAUUUUCAUCUGAUAAAGCUUAACAGUUUUUGAUAAUUAUGAAGUUUUUCGUUCGAAACGUAAAUAGCUCAACAACCUCUAUCAAAAGUUCUAAUUUAUGAUUUUUUAUUGAUGUUUAUCAAAACAGCAACAUGUAAACAAUUUAAACGAUUAAUUAUUCUGAUAUGGACGUUGGGUGACCAUAUGAGUUAUGAAAGGUACAUAAAAAUGCUGUAAUGCAUUUAUUCUCGAAAUAGAUUGCGAAUUCUGUUUCCGCUCGGUUUUGUUAUGGUUUUCAGAUAUUUAUAAACAUCACAUAAUCUGCAAUCAUAAGUGACUCAUAUUAUACAGACUUCGUGUUUGGAUGUUUACUAUUUGUGUUCAGGAAUAGAUGGUAAUAGGUGUAUGUAGAAAAUAAUAUCUUUCAAGCAGAAAGGUUAACUGAGAAAUCAUGAAUAAAAUAAUAAAUAUGCUUCCCUCAGGUCAAGAAGGUGAAACAAGGACUUUUGAUCCAAAAGUAUUCAAAACAUACAAGUCAAUAUGUGUGAGAAAAAGGCCAGAUAAUAAGUAUUAUUAUCCGAAAACAAUACCUAGGGAGAGAGAACCACUUGCAACUUAUUUAACUUUGGUUGCAAUAAUUUUGCUUUUUGCAGUUGAUAUUUACCUAGCAGAAGAGGGAACAAAAAAUCUUAUUGGUCAGUUUGCGGUUAGCAUACUAUUUUACAUUAUACUCCACAUUCUGCAUCGUUGUAUCCUCGUAUGGGAAGAAAUGAAGUAUGUAAUAUCUAGAUAUGAGAAUAGCUACCUCAGGCUAUUCAAAGAUGCAUAUUAUUUGUCACCUCAAGCGAUUGGUACUGCAGUGAUCUGUGUUAUUUGGUUAAUAGCAUAUUUUGCUGAAAUCAGAUCUGAUAGUAUCGCAUUCCCAAAAUGUGCCUCUCUAAUCACAUCAGUGUAUCUCCUUGGAGAAUUGCUAAAUAUUAGAUCAUGUCCUCUAGAAGAUUCCUUGUGGGUAGCGAAAAACAACGGUUUGGACUACGGCUCAGGCAUGGCUUAUUCGUUUUUCCAUGGAUACCUGGACUUGGUACUACGGAGAACUGGUACAGAAUCAAAAAAUUUGAAAGAGCUGAUGCAGGAUUACGAGGAUAGCCACCAUAUAAACUUUCCAAUUUACAAAUUAUUUAUUUUGAUACCGACUUCACUGAGAUGCUUCACUAGCUUGAAGAAUGAAUAUUCUGCGUCCAUCGAUGAAAGUAGCUCUCUGCCAGAAAAACUAAUCACUGUAGCUGGAGUUCAAAACAGAGUAUAUAAAAACGCAGUUUAUAAAAUCACCUCUGGUGAUAGAAAAAUAUAUGUAUCUGCCGAAUAUGCUACACCUUUGAGGACCUUCAAAGAGGUUUUCAGAGCAGCUGGCCAUCAUUCAGUAUAUUACGAAAAAUAUAAGAAAGAUAUAAUCUUGCAGUUUUACUUGACACUGGAAGCUGUCUUGGAGAAGAACAACUUGAAUGAAUAUUGUGAACUCAUUUAUUAUGAGGAUACCUACAUAAAUGAAGGCGUGGAACAGUACUAUGAUGUGGGAAAGAUUAUACUCAACAGGAUAAAAGAAUUGAAGAAGCUACAACAUGACAAAUCUGAGUAAUUGUUUUGUUUUACUUUUUGUAUUGAUGUUAACAUUUCAUGUAUUUUUUAUUUUCUACAUAUAUUUUUAUCAGACUUUUACAAUUCUAUUAUGUUUGCUUUUUAUUAAGUAUUAGUGGAACAUAUUAUUUAAUUUUUUAUCCAAGUUUACCUGUAUUUAGUAUAGUUUAUGUUUGUACUUAUGCAUUAUGACCGAUAAAGAUCUGAUAUUUUA